CAAUCACCUCGUGUCUGCCGUUUCCCUCUGAAAGUCGGCGCUCACCCUUCGAUGCGAAGCUUCACUAGGCCCUUUCCAUGGUAUCCCUGGUCCUACGAUCUUUGUCCUGUCGCCCCCGAAGGCAAACCGCAGCACCUCACUUCAUAAUGAAUAUGUUAUGGGGUUUUCGCUGAAUUAAUGCACCUUCUGCUUUUUAGUCACUAUUUCAGUCUCCAGAAGGCUUACCCACUGAUCAUAGGGAGUGCAUCUUGCUUUACAACGCUCAAUUAAUUUUGUUUGAGCAGACAAAAGUCGUCGCACUCGCUCUGCUUAAUCAGUAUCUUGCCAAUAUAGCAUUGAACCGAUAAUGCAUGGACUGUGUAUUCUAUUCUAGACACAACAGUACCCGUCACUAGCGGUGUACCCCUAAGUCGAAGGCUAUGGCAGCGGUAGAGAAAGCCUUCAGGACUGCGGCGGCCGGUUUAGAAUCUGCCUUCCCAUCUGGCAUUUAUCACCCUCAGCCCUUUCAACCAUUGAACUCCCCGACAGAGGAAGUGUGUCAUCUGCUCUUUCGGUUACCAGGAGAGCCAAGUGAUGCAAAGUCAGCGUUCGAGAGACAGCUGCAGACCUUCCUAGGCCAUAUUCAGUCUCUCCAAAAUGGUGCUCUGGAGGGUGACAUAUCGCCGCCCCAUUCAGAGAAUGGAUAUUCACCACAGUCCACACUGUGCGGGCAGCAUACUGAGAUGACCAUAAGGCCUCAGGCCCAAAAGCGGAAGUUUUCAUGGCUAGAUGACAUAUCAAACGGUCGUCAAGUCGAUCAUAACUCUGAGUAUGGGUUCGCGAACGAUGAUCACUAUUCUUUGGUGAAACGUGCUCUUGACGAACAGAAAGACGAAAUUGAACUUCCACGAGAAGUCGUUUCGAGCCUCUUCCGUGAGCUGCUACGUCACCGCGCAGCGAACAAGCACCCCGACCACGAGGUAGAUCUCCGGAAACAUCAGCAGAUGAAUAAAGCGUUUUCAACAGCCUUGCAAGAGAUUGCAAAGGUCAUCACCAAAGUUGCCAAUGGAGACUUAUCUACAAAAGUCCCGAUUCACCCACUGGAGAUGGACUCGGACAUCAUCACUUUCAAGGUCACAAUGAAUGCCAUGCUUGACCAGCUGCGGGUUUUUGCUAGUGAGGUCUCAAGAGUGGCGUGGGAAGUGGGCACUGAGGGUAUUCUCGGUGGCCAGGCCCAAGUAUCUGGAAUGCAUGGUGUAUGGAGAGAAGUGACCGAUAACGUUAACACUAUGGCCCUGAACCUGACUAACCAGGUCCGAGAGAUUGCUGUGGUCACCACGGCGGUGGCCCACGGGGAUUUGAGCCAGAAAAUUGAACGUCCUGCUAAGGGCGAAAUCUUCCUACUACAGAAUACUUUCAACACUAUGGUAGACCAACUCCGUACAUUUGCCACUGAGGUUAUUCGUGUCGCUCGAGAUGUUGGUAUUGAAGGGGUUCUCGGUGGGCAAGCGCGGGUAUAUGGCACCCAAGGAAUGUGGAAUGAGCUUACGACUAACGUUAAUGCCAUGGCCAACAACCUGACUAUGCAAGUCAGGGACAUUGCAACCGUGACCACUGCCGUUGCAAAUGGCGAUCUUACUCAGAAGGUCCGAGCAGACUGCAAAGGAGAGAUACUGGCUCUAAAAAAUAUCAUCAACUCGAUGGUUGACCAGCUUCGCCAGUUCGCCCAGGAGGUGACAAAGAUUGCAAGAGAAGUGGGGACAGAUGGUGUUUUAGGCGGCCAAGCGACCGUCCACGGAGUUGAGGGUGUCUGGAAGGAUCUAACUGAAAGUGUCAACAGGAUGGCAAUGAAUCUCACAAAUCAAGUCAGGGAAAUUGCGGAUGUGACCACGGCUGUAGCUCGUGGUGACCUCAGCAAACGCAUCACUGCCAAUGUGAACGGGGAAAUUUUGAGCCUCAAGGAUACCAUCAAUGGGAUGGUCGGCCAGCUGAACCAGUUCGCCUCCGAAGUUUGCAAAGUGGCCCGUGAGGUUGGUGUCGAUGGAACCCUUGGUGGCCAGGCUGUUGUUGCCAAUGUCGAGGGAGAGUGGAAAGCCCUGACAGACAAUGUCAAUAUGAUGGCAGACAAUCUCACCUCGCAGGUCCGGGCUUUUGGACAAAUCACCAAUGCAGCCACUGAUGGUGAUUUUAGCAAACUGAUCACCGUCAGCGCGUCCGGUGAGAUGGACGAGCUAAAGCAAAAGAUUAACAAAAUGAUCUCCAAUCUACGCGACAGCAUACAAAGGAACACUGCAGCUCGAGAGGCCGCCGAACUCGCCAACCAGAGUAAAUCAGAGUUCUUAGCCAAUAUGAGCCAUGAGAUUCGAACACCCAUGAAUGGAAUCAUUGGCAUGACUCAACUGGCCCUUGACACCGACGAUUUGCCUCCCCCAACUCGGGAAAUGUUGAACGUGGUCCAUAACCUGGGAAAUAGCCUUUUGGUGAUUAUUGACGAUAUUCUCGACAUCUCAAAAAUUGAGGCCAACCAUAUGAAGAUUGAGUCUGUUCCGUUCAGUUUGGGACAGACAGUUUUUAAGGCCCUCAAAAUCCUUGCAGUUGAAGCCAGUGAGAGGAGCCUCCAUCUUACAUACCACAUAAACAACUCAGUCCGAGACUGUGUGAUCGGAGAUGCCUUCCGUCUAAGGCAGAUUAUUCUAAAUCUCAUUGGGAAUGCGAUAAAAUUCACCGAGACGGGGCAAAUUCAACUUACGAUCAAGGAGGCCGCGCAAACCUGCCCUCCGGACAAGUACCUGCUCGAGUUCUCAGUGUCGGAUACUGGAAUUGGCAUUGACAAAAGCAAGUUGGAUCUUAUAUUCGACAAGUUCCAGCAGGCCGAUGGCUCUAUGACAAGGAAGUUCGGUGGCACUGGUCUGGGCUUGUCAAUAUCGAAGAAACUGGUCAACCUCAUGGGAGGAGAUAUAUGGGUCACCUCAGCCGUUGGGGUCGGGAGCACCUUUCACUUCACCUGCGCAUUUACAUCCUUGGAUCCCCCUGUCAAGGACAUUGCCAAAUAUGUUAUACCAUACAAGGGCUGUCGGGUCUUGUUUGUCGAGAAAGCCAAUGGCCAUUGCAACGAGGACCCAAAACGAAUCCAACAGGCACUACAACAAAUGGGCCUCCACGUGGAUGUCGUGAGGCUUGAGGAUGAUGCUCCACCGACAGAGACAGUGGUUCAGCAGGGUCAAGAGCUUCGCCGACAAUAUGAUGUCUUGAUCGCUCCCACCAUGGAUUCUGUAUCUCAGCUAAGAAAUUUCGACCGGUUCAAGACUCUCCCCGCCGUGCUAGUGUGUCCCGUGGUGUCAGUAGCCAUGAAGUCCGCUUUGGAUUUGGGUAUCACAUCCUAUCUAACAACACCCUGUCGUCCGAUCGAGUUAGUAAACGGUAUCCUUCCCGCUCUGGAAGGUCGCCCUUCUCGCCGUUCCUCGGACGAAACGCGCCCCUUGGCCAUUCUACUUGCCGAAGAUAACGAGGUCAAUCAGAAGGUGGCUCUCAAAGUAAUGCAGAGGUAUCACCACAACGUGACAGUCGUCUCGAACGGACAAGAGGCCCUGGAUGAGUUUCGCCACAAGCAGUAUGAUGUAAUAUUGAUGGACGUUCAGAUGCCGGUCAUGGGUGGGUUUGAAUCGACCCUUAGAAUCCGAGACUACGAGAAAGUCCAUACGCUUCCGCACACCCCGAUCAUCGCACUCACGGCUCAUGCGAUGUUCGGUGAUCGGGAAAAGUGCAUAUCAGCGGGCAUGGAUGAUUACCUUCCCAAGCCGCUCAACCAGACGCAGAUGAUGGAGAUGAUCCAUAAACAUGCAGCCCUUCGUGAUGUCUUACGUUGACAAUUAUAUCACAAGUCCAUCCUCAUGCCCAUACCAGGCGGUCGAUAUUAGGCCUACUUAAUGACGCUCUCACUAAGUUUGAUGAUUUGAACGUGCACUGACUGGAGGUUAGAUGUAUAAUGAUUGUUGAUCUUUUUUAUUCUCUCUUGUCUUUCUCAUCGCUUUCUUUGGUUUACUCUUGACCUCUUAUACCACGGUUUCCUUUUCUUUCCAUAGCUGUACAUAGGCUAACAUGACUACGCAAUUUGAUACAACGAGGAUAAUAACUCCGUUCGCGGCUUAAUAGACAGAUCCACUUGCAAAUUGGUUCCAAGCGAUUUUCUCCCCCGUAAUGAAUACACCCAUUCAGUUUCUGUUCAAGAGCUGCCAUUCUCCAACAGCAUACACGCCGUCGUCGUUAUCCCUGACUCUCCGUACUUAGCCAAGUCAAUCACAAUGCUAUCGUUAAGAUCCUUGAAACCCAGCUUCUUGUAUAACGCGUAUCCCUCUUCUGAAGAUUCCAACCAGACCGGAAGUUUUUGAGCGGCUGCCUCUUCCAGCCCCAUUGUGAUAAGUUUCGCACCAAUUCCUUUUCUCUGGUACUCAGGGAGAACGACAAGGACUCUGAGAACUAGAGUCACGUGUCAGCACGAAUAUACUAGUAUCGAGAUCGUGAAACCCUCCAGCAGAAGAAACACCAGCACUUCAACAAACA